ACCAAGGAGGGUUGGACAGAGAGAAUGAUCAAAACAGUUAAUAGAAACAGCUGAAGUAAAGACAAGAUUCAGACUUGACAGAACAAACAAUGCCUUCCAAUGUCAUUCUGCUCAACUGUAUUUAGUUCAAUAGUCGGAGUAGUGCUGUUUCUCAGGUGUUGGGUUUUAUUCAUUCUUUAAUUACUUCUGGAAAAGGACUUUAUCUCAUAAUUCAGCCAUACAUCAAAUAGAUAUUGAACGGGGCAAAGAGGACAAGAUGGUAAAUUCAAGUUCGGAGCCGAUGUGGUUUCAGAAGCACAGAAUGGGAUUAUGAAACAGGGCUUUCUUUUGCGAACUAGACGACAAUGACGACGAGCGUACCUACAGUUUUGACAAAUAAAGGGUCAGGUGCAGACACCCAGCUGUCUUCCUCAAGUAAUUCUUCCAUUACUGGCCCCUGCAAUAUUGAUGAGUCCUACAAGUACAUUUUUCUCCCCAUUUGCUACUCUUUUACAUUUGUUUUCAGCAUAACCCUUAACUUUGUAAUUCUGUAUCGUUCCUUUCGACGCACCAAGCGCUGGAAUGCAUCGCUGAUUUACAUGGUAAACCUGGCCACUACAGACUUCAUGUAUGGUCUAUCCCUGCCGUUCCUGGUGUCCAGUUACGUCAUGCAUGACGACUGGGUGUUCGGGGACUUCAUGUGCCGCUUAGUGCGAUUUCUCUUUUAUUUCAACCUCUACUGCAGCAUCUUCUUCCUCACUUGCAUCUCGGUACAUCGCUAUCUGGGCAUCUGUCACCCCAUGAAGACCAUUACCUUAGAGACCAAACGAGCAGUCAAGGGAACUUGUGUAUUGGUAUGGAUUGCUGUCUUUGUGCUAACAUGUCCAAUUUUUCGUUUUGCACAGACACAAUAUCUUCCACGUCAAGGGAUUUUAGGGGCAGUCGUGCAUGGUGAAAGCACAAGGGAGGAGAUGUUCAAUAAUUGCUGGGAUGAUGCAAUUGAUAAGGAGUUCCACGAUUACAUUCCGUAUGGGAUCACGCUUCAUUUCUUGGGUUUUUUCCUGCCAUUUAGCAUCAUCGCCUGGUGCUACUCGCGUGUAGUGUUGACGAUAUUUCGGACGCUCCACUCUCAGCCGCCUUCUCAAAGAGCUAGAAGUGGGACGGGCUGUGAAAGUCUAUCAGGGAUAAGAGGAGAGGGCAUGUCAAUCAUCUUGGGGGCACGUUCACCGUACGUAAACAGACGUCACAAGUCCAUCAGAACCAUAAUUACGAUCACCCUGCUCUUUGCCCUUUGCUUCUUACCGUUCCAUGUCACUCGCACAAUUUUCCUGCUGCUGAAAUUGACAAGUAGGGUGCAAUGUCAUACCAUGAGCAUGGUUUCCAUCUGUUAUAAAAUGACUCGGCCACUGGCCUCAUUCAAUGCUUGGCUCAAUGCGCUCCUGUAUUUCCUGACUAAAGAGAAACAUGGAUCCUGCUGUCAAAAACCUGAACAUGCCCAGCAUGGCCUCUUGUGGCCACUGAGGAUGCUUGGAAAAGGAGAGGAGGAAGAGAAUGAAGCUGACGAUAAAGGGAACCAUAAGGAUAAUGGGACCAAAACUAAAAACAAUACAUACAGAGGUCUAACUUAAGAAACAGCACAAUAAAGAUGAACAACAACAAAAACAGACAAACAAUGAAAAGAUUGUCUUCGAUUUGUGAUUUAUGAUGUCAGAACUGAAAUAAUAUAUCUAAUAUUUUAAUUUUAUUUAUUACACCUUACAGGAAAUGAUUGUUUCACUCAGAGCAACUGCUUAAAUGGUUAGACAUAAUUUAAAUAAAAAGAUUGGUCAAUUGUUCUGUUUAUUCAUGGCAUCAUACUUCAGAGUGAGGUCAGUGUCAAGGAUUAAUAUAUACUGUGAAUGAAUUAAACUCCUGGAUCUUAAUUUGCCCAUCAGUUUUUAAAAGUGUUAAUCUUUGUCUAUCUUUUAAUACUUCAUUCUUAUGUUUUCUUUGUUUUGAACUAAAUUUGUAUUACACACGUGACCAGAAACCGUGCUUUGUGUACUUUCCAUGUACACAGAACAUAACAUCCGCAUACAGCACGAGAUGUCUACCCUUUGUACUUCCGUCUUAUUAAAAGAAGUUAGAUCCAGAUUAUUCUAAGUGUCAUAGACUGUUAUUACUUUUUGGUAUUUCAUUGGUUAAUGGUCAACUGUCAUGUUGCAAGACAGAUUUGCUGUAUCAAAGGAAAGCCUGUCUAAAUAUAAACAUUUAUGAAUGAUAAUAGUAGAAGAAUGCAUGCUAUUAAUGAAAUACCUUGUCAGCAUUACAGCUAUUUGUAACACUGCUGCUCUUCUGCGAACUCACACUUGAUUAAUGUUUAAACCAUUUUGUUUUAAAAGAUUGUGUACAUGUGAUAUUAUUACCAGACUGUGUAAUGUACAUAAAGUUAAUGAAUAUUUACUAAAAA